AUGGAACAAACCACCAUGGACUUCCUAUCAAUCUCAGACAACCUAUGGAUGGUCGGGCUGUUCCUCAUAGCUACUACUGCCAUCUACACUCUAGUCAAUCGGGCAUUUAGCAAGUCAUCUUUGGCUAGAGCCAGGCUGCACGAUCGGAAAGACUCAGCAACCCGAACACCUCCGCGGUCUUUCUCUCCAGAGAAGAAAUCUCCGAGUAGCCCGACCUCAUCUGACUACAACAAAGCCCUCCCACCCCAACGUAGGCAUACCCUUGCCGAUAUCAAGCGUGAAGAUGCACCUGCGUCCGACAUCAACGAAGACGAAGUCUGCCGGAACCCCCUGCCCAUGAGUGCCAAUUAUAGGACCAGUCCGGGCAACAAGUACACGCCGACGGGAUUCUCCGUGGAUGAAAUCAAAGCCCUCGGCGACUUCCCAGACUACGCAACCCUGAGUGGCGUUCCACUUCCAAUCCCAUAUCCCCAAUUCGACAUCGAGAAAGCGCUACCUCGGCCAUACCGUCCAUUCCGAUGGGCAUAUCACCAAACCAUGUCCCUAAACAAACUCGAAACAGACUGGUGGAUCGAGCUCGAGAAGACUUACAAAAGCCGCAUCGCCCAGCGCAAAGAACUUUACGCCAAAAACGGCAAGCAAGUACUAGGCUUCCUGCCUGGCAGCGAGCUAGCAUGCAAAGAACUCAUGGAAAUGGUCUUGCAGUUUAUCUGCGCUCGAUACCCGCAGUACUUUACACUCAUCGAUGAACGCAUCUUGCAAAACAAGAUCCUCGGUACCGAGCAGGAUGUCACGGCCAAGCCUCCUCUCGAAAUCCUUUUGGAUAAUGUGCCCGAAGACUUCGCGAUUAUGCUCCGUGAUGAAAAGACGGGUUUCUAUUUUCUACGUGCGGCGGUUAUCUGCUCAUCGCUGGGGUGGAAUGCCGGGACCAAGAUGGGGAAGCAGUUGCAUGAGAUUCAUGAGCCGAUCCCGGAUUAUAAGGAGAAGAUGCAGUUUUCAAUGGAUCGCUAUUUUACUAAGAUGCCUACGGACAAACCAAUCCAGCGUGGCUCAUGGGGUCUCGAGAUUGGGCAGCCGCUAUACAUGCCCCCGGGUGAUCCUCACGAACUGCUCCGGCUGUCUCAGCGGCCUGAUCUAACGCUCGACGAAUGUCAUCUUCGCGUAGACUGGCAGACACUGAGACGACUGCCCUUGUCUGGUGCGGUUGUUUUCAACUUCAAGGGGCUUUUCACGCCUGUCAGUGAAUUCCGGGAUGAGCCUGGUGUACCGGAGUUGGUGAUGAAGGUUUUGAAUGAGGGAAAGAAGAACCUUAUGGAUUAUAAGGGUGUUUGGCAUGUUCAGCAUGUUGUACUUCCCAAGUUGAAGGAAUGGGCGGAGGAGCAGAGGGCGAAUGGGCUAGUUGCUAAAGAUUGGGAGGUUGCUACUUUGGAUGAUACCCCGUGGUUCAAGGGAUGGAAAGAGAAGUGGCAUCGACAGCAGGGAUUCUGA